AUAAGCGCCGCCGGCAAGCUGGUUUAGUCCAUUCGCACCUGUUUGAUCUACGUAGUCCCCGCUAGGGUUUCAGCACCGCAAUCACCAAUCGGCGGCAAUGGCGAUGGCUGCUCUGCGACGGGAAGGGAGGCGUCUAGCCCCUCUCAUCUCUCCACAACCGUUGACCGCUCUCCGAUCUUCCCUCAUCUCUGAGGAGCAAGUCCCCCAGGGAGUGCGCUCUAUUUCAACUCAAGUAGUCAGAAAUCGGAUGAAGAGUGUGAAGAAUAUCCAGAAAAUUACAAAGGCAAUGAAGAUGGUUGCAGCUUCAAAACUGCGUGCUAUUCAAACUAGAGCUGAAAAUUCUCGUGGCCUAUGGCAGCCAUUUACUGCACUUCUGGGUGACACUCCCAGUGUUGAUGUGAAGAAGAAUGUUAUUAUUACUGUUUCUUCUGACAAAGGUCUAUGUGGUGGAAUCAAUUCUACCGCUGUCAAGAUAAGCAGGGCUGUGCACAAACUAAAUUCUGGGCCUGAUAAAGAGACAAAGUAUGUUAUUUUGGGAGAGAAAGCUAAGGCUCAAUUGGUACGUGACUCAAAGCAAGACAUUGAGAUCAUCUUAACUGAGCUGCAGAAAAAUCCCCUAAAUUAUACCCAGGUCUCUGUCCUCGCUGAUGAUAUCUUAAAGAAUGUGGAGUUUGAUGCCUUGAGGAUUAUUUUCAACAAGUUCCAAUCAGUUGUCUCAUUUUUGCCAACUAUGUCAACUGUAUUAUCUCCUGAGAUUGUGGAGAGAGAGACUGAAUCUGGGGGAAAGCUUGGAGAAUUGGACUCUUAUGAGGUGGAAGGUGGCGAAACAAAAUCAGAAAUACUUCAAAAUCUGGCUGAGUUCCAGUUUUCUUGUGUCCUGUUCAAUGCGGUAUUGGAGAAUGCUUGCAGUGAGCAAGGAGCAAGGAUGUCUGCCAUGGACAGUUCUAGCAGAAAUGCUGGGGAGAUGCUUGACCGCCUCACCCUCACUUAUAACAGAACACGUCAAGCUUCCAUUACCACUGAAUUGAUUGAGAUUAUCUCAGGAGCAUCAGCUCUAGAAGGUUGAUCAGCGAGGAUAAUUUUGCUAGUCUGUUUGAUGAUAACGAAAUAAGGAUCUUGUCUGUGGGUUAUUUUUCUGUCGUGUUCAUCUGUAAUAAACAUAAUUGCUGCAGGAUGAUGCCCUCUUCCUGGGAUUCCUGGUCACAUAUUUCAACUUUUUUUUAUUUUUAUGGUGAGAUAAAUUACGUCUCCUUUCACCUUUAAUGACUCAUUGACAAAGGAUUUAAAUCAUGAACCUGAAUGCAUUUUUAUUUUACUUGGUACUAUUAAACUGGUCGUUUCAGGCCUUUAUGAUUUUUUGACCAA